UGUUGAAAUUAUUGCCGCAAUUCACUGUUUACCAAAUAUACUUUCUCCGUUAAGAUAAUAAAGAAACUAUAGCACUUUUGGUUAAUUUUUAAUAAUAAUAUAUUAUAAGUAAUCUUAGAUUCAAUAAAUAUAUUUGAUCUAUUUAAGAAAUCAUGGAAUUUGAUUGAAAUGAAUUUACUAUCUCGGCCUGGUUUUGGCACACACUACGCCUACAACUGUUUCUGAGAGAAGAGAGAGAUGCAUGCUUGUUUGGUCGUCUGAAGAAAUGGCAAGUUGUUGUGGUAUCUACUUUGGUGCAACUUCUGUUUGCUUGGCACUACACAAGGAUGGAAAAACUGAUGUGGUUGCCAAUGAUGCUGGUGAUCGUGUGACUCCAGCAAUGGUUGCAUAUGUCGGAAAGGAUAAAAAUGUAGGUCUUGGUGCAAAGCAAGGAAGGAUUCGAAAUGCUGCCAACACAAUAAUGAAUGUAAAGCACAUUAUAGGAAAGUAUUUUGAUGACCCGUUUGUCCAAACACUCGUUAAGACGAGUCCUUGUAAGAUAAUUAACAAGAGGAAUCUACCACUAUUUGAAGUUGAGUCUAAUGAAAAGACCAUUGUAGUCACCCCGGAAGAAGUAUUGGUGCUCAUUUUCAAGAAGAUGUACAGUAUAGCAUCAUCUCAAGGUGGAUUGGAUGUGAUGGAUGUUGUAUUAACAAUACCAACUAAUUUCACUGGAGAGCAGAGUAACACAAUCAGGAAAGCGGCAAGUGCUGCAGGCUUCAAAGUGUGCCGGAUAAUCAAUGAGCCAUCGGCAGCAGCAUUAGCCUACGAUAUUGGACAGGACACCUCAGCUGAAAUCAGUAAUGUAUUAGUGUAUCGACUUGGUGGUACGUCAUUAAGUGUAGUGGUGCUGAAUGUAAAUAGCGGCAUGUACCGCAUCCUGGAAUCGCACAAUCAAGUGAACUGCGGUGGAACUCAUUUUACUAACUCCCUUGUUGAGAUAUGUGCCGAUGAAUUCAAAAGGUCAUGGAGAGCAGAUGUACGUGAAAACAAACGUGGUAUGGCAAAGUUGGCGAAUGCGUGCGAGACCUGUAAGCAUGUAUUAUCAACGUUGAACUCGGCCUCAACGUUUGUUGAGUCGGUUCACGAAGGCAUCGACUUCCAGAAUAAAAUAUCUAGGGCCAAGUUAGAAUCUUUGAUACAGAGUCAUCUUCAAAUGUGUCUACAACCAGUUGACAAAGUUCUGGAAUCAGCUAAUAUGACUGCUGCAGAUAUACACAAAGUUGUUGUAGUAGGAGGCUCCACUAGAAUACCAAAGUUACAACAGCUACUACGUGCUAAGUUCCCUGAAGCCGAGAUGCUUAAUACAUUAGCACCGGAAGAAGUCAUAGCGAUAGGUGCUGCCAAACAGGCUGCACUUAUCUCUGGGUAUGAAGAUAUUCAAUUAUUAGACUUAGAAUCAGUGAAAGGAGAAUGCAUUCCUUAUUCUCUUUUAGUGAAGGUAUCAAAUUCAGAUGAAACUAGUCUUCAAACAGCCGUUCCAAAGAAUACCUACAUUCCUGUGAGGCGACAACAUACAUACACUAUACAGCAAGACAAAUCAUCAGUCUGUAUUGGAGUAUAUGUUGGUGAAGAGGGCAGCACAGAGGAGGAAUGUACCUUAGUAGCAAAUCUUGUACUGACUGAUCUUCCAACUGACUGUCAGAAAGAAAAACAGGUGACAACAGUGUUUCACUACCGCCGGGAAGGUUCAAUCCACAUCACUUGUACUGAAGUUGUGUCUGGGAAGUCAUCUGGUGUUACCAUUGAAACAGGAGAACCUGCUGCUGUUGAAGAACCUAGCAAGGUUGUUAAUGAGGAAUUAAAUUCAGCUGGAGCUCCAGAACAAUAACGAUAACUAAUGGUUGCGACACUGACUAGCGACAAGCCUAGUAUUACAUGUUGAACUAUAGUUUCAUAAAAAACUGUUGAGAAGGGAGAUUUCCGGGAGAGUUAAUGUUACUUCAAAGAAACAAAAUACUACUGUAAAUCACACAAUGAAGGCAAAACUACUUACUUUGAAAUAAUUGCACCAAGCAAGAACACCACUGCCAACCUAGGUAGCUGGUAUUAGAAAUUUGGUUACAUCACAAUACUGCAUGUAGUACUGUAUUUCCAUAUUUAAUAUAAAUAUGGAAAAGAAUACGAAAUGAUUUGCUUUGUAUAAAUAUUUUAUAAACAGAAUUCGGCUAUUUCAGCAAAAGAAGAAAUAUAAACUGGACGUUAUUA